UAUCACAAGGGGUGUAGACAAUGGAGAGCUUUAAAAGUCAGCUGUGGCUGCCCCAUCAUACAAAGCAAUCCCAAGUGAAGGGUAAGAGAAGGGAUUUCCGGCCAUGCUCUGCUACAUUCUGCUGCUUGCCCUAGUGGCCCAGAGCUGGAGCCUCCCUACAGUAAAGACAGAAGGUGUUUCUACAGUCUCCAGCCCCACUCCAACUAAAAGCACCAGCCUUCCACCAACUAACAACAGCAGCCUUCCUCCACCUAAAAGCACCGGCCUUCCUCCACCUAACAACAGCAGCCUUCCUCCUUCUAAAAACACCGGCCUUCCUCCACCUAACAGCAGCCUUCCUCCACCUCAAAGCACCGGCCUUCCUCCACCUAACAACAGCAGCCUUCUUCCACCUAAAAGCACCGGCCUUCCUCCACCUAACAACAGCAGCCUUCCUCCUUCUAAAAACACCAGCCUUCCUCCACCUAACAACAGCAGCCUUCCUCCACCUAACAACAGCAGCCUUCCUCCACCUAACAACAGCAGCCUUCCUCCACCUCAAAGCACCGGCCUUCCUCCACCUAACAACAGCAGCCUUCCUCCACCUCAAAGCACCGGCCUUCCUCCACCUAACAACAGCAGCCUUCUUCCACCUAAAAGCACCGGCCUUCCUCCACCUAACAACAGCAGCCUUCCUCCUUCUAAAAACACCAGCCUUCCUCCACCUAACAACAGCAGCCUUCCUCCACCUCAAAGCACCGGCCUUCCUCCACCUAACAACAGCAGCCUUCUUCCACCUCAAAGCACCGGCCUUCCUCCACUUAACAACAGCAGCCUUCUUCCACCUCAAAGCACCGGCCUUCCUCCACCUAACAACAGCAGCCUUCCUCCUUCUAAAAACACCAGCCUUCCUCCACCUAACAACAGCAGCCUUCCUCCACCUCAAAGCACCGGCCUUCCUCCACCUAACAACACCAGCCUUCCUCCUUCUAAAGACAACAGCCUUCUUCCACCUAAAAGCACCGGCCUUCCUCCACCUAACAACAGCAGCCUUCCUCCACCUCAAAGCACCAGCCUUCCUCCACCUAACAACAGCAGCCUUCCUCCACCUAAAAGCACCGGCCUUCCUCCACCUAACAACAGCAGCCUUCCUCCACCACAAAGCAGCGGCCUUCUUCCACCUAACACCAGCCUUCCUUCACCUAAAAGCACUGGCCUUCCUCCACCUAACAACACCAGCCUUCCUCCUUCUAAAGACACCAGCCUUCUUCCACCUAAAAGCGAUGGCCUUCUUCCACCUAACAACACCAGCCUUCCUUCACCUAAAAGCACUGGCCUUCCUCCACCUAACAACAGCAGCCUUCCUCCUUAUAAAGACACCAGCCUUCCUCCACCUAAAAUCACUGGCCUUCCUCCACCUAACAACACCAGCCUUCCUCCUUCUAAAGACACCAGCCUUCCUCCACCUAAAAGUGAUGGCCUUCUUCCACCUAACAACACCAGCCUUCCUCCACCUAAAAGCACUGGCCUUCCUCCACCUAACAACACCAGCCUCCCACCUUCUAAAGACACCAGCCUUCCUCCAUCCAAAGGCACCAGCCUCCCACCUUCUAAAGACACCAGCCUUCCUCCAUCCAAAGGCACCAGCCUUCCUCCAGCCAAAGGCACCAGCCUUCCUCCACCUAAAGGCACCAGCCUUCCUCCACCUAAAGGCACCAGUCUUCCUCCACCUAAAGUCACCAGCCUUCCUCCAUCCAAAGGCACCAGCCUUCCUCCACCUAAAAGCACCAGCCUUCCUCCAUCCAAAGGCACCAGCCUUCCUCCAUCUAAAGGCACCAGCCUUCCUCCAUCCAAAGGCACCAGCCUUCCUCCAUCCAAAGGCACCAGCCUUCCUCCAUCCAAAGGCACCAGCCUUCCUCCACCCAAAGGCACCAGCCUUCCUCCAUCCAAAGGCACCAGCCUUCCUCCACCUAAAGGCACCAGCCUUCCUCCACCCAAAGGCACCAGCCUUCCUCCAUCCAAAGGCACCAGCCUUCCUCCAUCCAAAGGCACCAGCCUUCCUCCAUCUAAAGGCACCAGCCUUCCUCCAUCCAAAAGCACGAGCCUUCCUCCACCUAAAGGCACCAGCCUUCCUCCAUCCAAAAGCACGAGCCUUCCUCUACCUGUCAACAAUGCCCUGCCCAAGUCAUCAGCAUACCCUGUAGAAAUCAGGACUGUAGCAACCACCCUACCCCCAUCCACUCUACCUCAGAUUUACAGAGCUAAGAGACAUCUUCGCCAUGGGAAUGUCGCCCCCACUGGAGUCCCUCAUCACACAGAAGUCCAACACCACACAAACUGUUCUUCCCCCAAGCCACAUGGAGAAGGGUCCAGAACUGGAGCUCCCAUCCCACCCAAAAAACCCCAGCACGGCAGGCAUAGGAGAGACCUUCACCAUGGGAAUGCUGCCCCCACUGGAGUCCCUCAUCCCACAGAAAAAUUCCACAAUGGCAGCAAUGAAAUAAGCCAUCCUCCCAGACCGGAACAUUCUGCCAUUACUCACAACAACAGCUCAAGUGAAGCAAAGAAAACAGGACAUGGUCAGGAACAAGGAAAGAAACAUUAAAACAAGAAAAAUAAAGAGGAUACCAAGAACACUGGAAAACAUUAUUACUGACAUUAUUUUUUUAGUUGUGGUAAAACCAAUAAAAUGAUGAUAAACAUUU